AUGGUGUCCUCCAGCGCAGGCGCUCCCGAGCGAAUCCCUGCCGCCGUUACUCGACGGCGGCAUCCCAGCGGAGCGAAGAGUCCGAGCGGGGAAGGAUGCGAUGUGGCUCGACCAGCUCAGCUCAAACCCCUAUCCCUCGUGGUGCAUUCUGGGACUUUAUGUAAAGCCAACAUGGCAGCCUCCUGCGCCAGAACACUCACUAAGGUCGGCUUGUCUUUUCUAGAGUCUCCAGCAGCCCGUCGGUCCGGCGCCUUCUCCUACCUGCUGGGGAAUGUGGGCGCGCACGGAUCCAGGAGGGCGUACGGCACCGGCGGAGCGGGGUUCCGGUCCAAACUGCUCUCCGGUGUGCGCCAAGGGGGAGGCAGGGUGCUGGGCUGCGCCUUCCUGCUGGGUGGAGGUUUGGGUUUAUAUCAGACUGUGAAGCUGUCCGUCCAGCAGCACCUGGCCGAGGAGGAGAGGAAGGUCAGUGAGGCUCCAGGAGGCAGUCUGCAGCUGACCCUGUACCAGUACAAGACCUGCCCGUUUUGCAGCAAGGUGCGAGCCUUCCUGGACUACCACGGGCUGCCAUAUGAGAUCGUGGAGGUGAACCCGGUGAUGAGGAAGGAGAUUAAGUGGUCUACCUACAGAAAGGUGCCCAUCCUGAUGGUGGAUGGUGAGGUGCAACUGAAUGACUCGUCUGUCAUCAUCAGUUCGCUCAAGACCUAUUUAGUCAACAAGAAGAAGAGCAUGUCCGACAUCCUUCGCUGCUACCCGGAGAUGAAGUCGGUGAAUGACAGGGGGAAGGAGGUGAUCGAGUACAACAACAAGUACUGGCUGAUGCUGAGCGAGGGCGAGACCGUCGCAGUUUACCCACAGAAGGAAAUGCAGAAAGAGGAGAUGAAGUGGCGUCAGUGGGCUGACGACUGGCUCGUACACCUCAUAUCUCCCAACGUGUACCGAACCACCAACGAGGCCCUGGCCUCCUUCGACUAUAUCGUACGCGAGGGCAAGUUUGGUACUUUUGAAGGCUUCUUCGCCAAAUAUGUUGGCGCUGCGGCCAUGUUUGUCAUCUCCAAAAGGCUGAAAAGUCGACACAAUCUGCAGGACGACGUCAGGGAGGAUCUCUACAAGGCUGUCAACGACUGGGUGGCAGCCAUUGGCAAGAAUAGGAAGUUCAUGGGUGGAGAUCAGCCCAACCUGGCAGACCUGUCAGUGUUUGGAGUCCUGAGGGUGAUGGAUGGCCUGCAGGCGUUUGAUGACAUGAUGGCGAACACCAAAGUGAAAUAUUGGUACAGACGCAUGGAGAGCGCCACGCUCAACCACGAGGGUCUUAACGCUAAGCCUUAUAAACACUGAACAGUAAAAGCUCCUGAAGGACGGCGACCAGAAACGAGAAGACGACCACCGCCAGGUCUUGUAGUGGUCACUCAACUUCCUGUACCUGAACCUGUUAAUUGUUGUGAGUGGGUUUUUAAUUGACUCCAUCAUUAACAGAGCUGCUUUUGUGGAUCAAAUCUGCUCUUGUUUAAAGGUCUGUCAUUUUUACUGGCCUCUAGUGGUGAAAUAGACGAACUGCAACAACAAUAUCAUUGAAACACUUGAUCUUGUUUUGUUAAUUUUAAGGAACAGAAAAGUCACAUCUUCAGAGUACGGUUAAAGGAGAAAUCCGCACAUAUUCAUCCAGCUAGUCUUCUAAUUUCAUCCACAUAUUUUUGAAUUACUUUAGGUUUUUUCCGUUCUCAUUCAUCAGGCAGUCUACAGUGUGGCUAUGAACAAAAUUAAACCGAUUUCCAGGUCGAGACUGGUGUGUGAAGGAAAGACAUGAUUGUUCCCUACGCUGCUUUGUCCUUUUGAAAAUAGGAAUUUGGAAACUGGUUGUAUAAAUUAUUUCUUGUAACACUGUUUAUUUCUGUGCUAGAGUUUUACUCCUACUUAUCUCACAUGGGAAAAUCUUGGAAAUCUAAAUCGUCUGUGCUCAGGACUGCAGAGUCUGAGGCUCGUUUCUGCAGCUUUGUGUGGAAAAACGGUUCAUGUUCUCUGUAUUUAUUUCAGAUGAUUGUUCCUCUGAUGCAGUGUCGGUCAAGCCAUGACGAAUCGAUAUGUUCUGCGACUGUUUGGGUAAAAAAAAUGUACGAAUAAUCAUCGAGCUGGCACCGAAUGUGUUUAAUAUGCAAUAUUUCAGCUGCAGCUGAAGUAACUGUAAUAAAAACGACUCAGUGUGCAUAGAUGUAAAAAGGUCAAAUAAAAAAGGUAAACAUGAA